AAAUAAAAGCAGUACCUAUGGAUUUAAGAUACCCCAUUACACAAAUGAUAACGAUAGGAAAUAAAAAAUUAAAAGGGGUUUUAUAAAGUUACGAUUGCCACAAAUAUAUUUUGUGAAAACACGAAAGAACAUUCGUUCGUAUACUCUUUGUAUACCAAUGAAAUAAGGAAAAAGAAAGAAUAAUUUAGUUAACUGUUUCUUCAAUCGUUCAAGAUAACGGCAUCCCGUACACUAAUGGCGAUACGACAUUUAAGCUCACAUGAAAGUAUGCAAUUCACUUGGAAGUAAUACAGAACCUGCCACAUAGACGGAAGUAUUAACAAAAUUGAUUUCCGUUUAAUGAUACACCUGUUAAAACAAAUUUAUGACUUAGAAGAAAAAUGUGAAGAUGCACUGUUUGAAGUUUGUGAUGCUCGAGAACGCUAUCCAUUAUUAUGUGCUGAAGAAUUAGAAAAAUGUAUUAGAUUAACCACUGAUAUACAGAAGGUGAAAGUUAUACCAAAUAUAAAAGUUUGUCAUGAUGUACAGCCUCUAACAGAAGAGCAAAAUGCACUUUUAAAUAUUGCGUCUAAGAAACAAAAUGUGCCAUACAAACAUCAAGGUAUGCAGUUAAAAAAAAUGUUAAGUAAAAUUGAUAAUCUAAAAAUGGUUGUAGAACAAAUUGAAAAGGAGAAGUUUUGUGAAAUAAAUAAACUGUUUCAUAUGUAAUUUGGUCAUCACUUAUUUCUUGUAACUAUGAUUAAAUAAGAAGCGUUACAAUACAGAAUGUAUAUUUGUAUAGAAUAUAAUUUAUUAUUAAUAUUA